AGCCCCGAGCCCCGAGCCAUGGCCGAGCUGGAGAUCGGGCGGCACUGCCAGGUGGCCCGCUGCAGGCGGAGAGACUUCCUUCCGUUUGUAUGCGAUGGCUGUUCUGGUGUGUUUUGCCUUGAGCACCGAAGCAGGGAAUCUCAUGACUGCCCUGAGGUGAAUAUAAAGCCCGAGAGAGCAAAAGCGGACGAAGCCCCCUCUUAUCCCUGUUCAUUUAAAGGCUGCGAUAAAAGGGAGCUUGUGCGGAUGUUAUGUCCCUCCUGUGAGAAGCACUUUUGCUUGAGGCACCGCCAUCAAGCCGAUCAUGCCUGUGAGAAACUGGAAGUCCCCAAGCCCCGGAUGGCCGCCACCCAACAGCUCGUCAGAGACAUCGUAGAUUCCAAGAAAGGACAGGCAGCUUGCUCACGGAGGAAAGGAGCGAAAAACAGUGGAACUGCAGCCAAAGUCGCAUUAAUGAAGUUAAAAAUGCACGCCUGUGGGGAUGAAUCGUUGCCGCAGACAGAAAGAAUUUACUUUCAAGUUUUCUUACCCAAAGGGAGUAAGGAGCAAAGCAAACCCAUGUUCUUCAGUAGGACAUGGAGCGUGGGCCGAGCGGUGGACUUCGCAGCGUCGGCAGCCAACCUGAAAAACGAUAACAACAAAGCCACGGCCAAGAAACUAAAGAUGUGUCACGCUGUGUCAGGAGAAGCUUUACCCUCGGAUCACCCGUUGGAGACCUGGAUUGCUAAGAAAGAUGACCCCUUGUAUAACGGUGGAAACAUUAUCUUGGAAUAUCUUGAGAAUCAGGAACAAAGGCUAGAAGAGGCGGACUCUUACUUAGAGUAGUCCGUCGGGGAGCGGGCCGAGCAGGAGGCGGAAACACCGGGUCGGUAUUUCACGUCAGAAAAAGAUGCCUUUUCACCAUACAACUGCAGUUUCAGUAGAUGGCUCUGUCUCCUUAAUCGCCAGGCAUUUUAUGAAUUAAAUAUCAGGUUAUUACAACAGGCAUAAAACAACCUCAUUGUUAGGGCUAGGGCCAGGGUACCAUGGGAGUUCAUUGUUUUAGAAUUACAACUAAAUGCACUCUUCUGACCGUGGGUGAUAAAUAAAACUGAAGAGCAGAGUUAUUACUGAAGAGAGGGCGUACAUUCCUUGUGGACCCAGUGGUCCGAGGGGGUGGGGACAGGAAGCGAGAGGCAGAGCAGCCGCUCAGCACCCGCCCACCCGCACGUCCAGAGCUACCAGACAUCUCCCCGGAGCAGCAGCAGCAAGAAACCCCCGGCU